CCGGUCGUCCUAGCAAGCCGCUACUUCUGUCAGUUUCCAGACUUGUGCAGACGAGAAGGCCACCAUGGUGUUGAACCCAGUCAUCUCCAAGCUUGCUGGUAAACUGGUUGUGCUGGCCAGUGCUUCUCCCAGACGACUGGAGAUACUCCGCAAUGUGGGUUUGCGCUUUGAAGUAGUGCCAUCCUGGUUUAAAGAAACCCUCGAUAAGAGCCUUUUCAAAGCACCUCAUGAGUAUGCCGUUGAGACAGCCAAGCAGAAGGCCCUGGAGGUGGCCAGGAGGAUGCCCAUUAAACACCUGAAAACUCCAGACAUAGUAAUUGGAGCAGACACAAUUGUGACUGUGGACGGAAUGAUUUUAGAGAAGCCAGUGGACAAACAUGAUGCUUACAGGAUGUUGUCGAGCUUGAGUGGUAAAGAGCACAGUGUCUAUACUGGUGUAGCUAUUGUCGUCUGCCACGAGAAAGAAAACGAAGAAGUGGAUUAUCAGUUGAUACAGUUCUACGAAGAAACAAAGGUGAAAUUUGCUGAUCUCUCAGAAGAUAUGCUGUGGGAGUACAUCAAUAGUGGUGAACCCAUGGACAAGGCUGGCGGCUAUGGUAUUCAGGCUCUGGGUGGUAUGCUGGUGGAGUACGUCCACGGAGACUUCCUCAAUGUUGUGGGUUUCCCACUCAACCACUUCUGCAAGCAGCUAAGCCUAAUUUACAACCACUGUACUUCCUCCUCGGACCAGAAAAGUGAGUCUGUCCAUCUGAGUCUCAAUGGCACUCAUCCCACCUCAGUACUCUCUCAGCCCACUCCCAACGUCCCAACUCAGUCCAGCCAUGGUUCCUCAUCCAUUCCCAAACCCAGCAGCGCCUCUAGCAGUCAAACACACCACACCCACUGCAGCCCAUCAGCCAGCCCGGCCCAUAAGGUGAAAAGGAAAGGCAGUGACAGCGAAGUGAGUCAGAGUUCCUGGACGUUGGUCAACAGCUUGUCUAAACAUACAGAUGGCAGAGAGGCCAAGCUCCGUGACUCUGAGAAUACAACAUUACCACUGAUAUCAAGCAGUGGGCAGCUGAUUGAGCACGAUGUGACAGAACACGAAGACAGUGAACCUAGAAAAGAAGACUUGGAGCGAAUUGGUGAACUGAUAGAUGGAUUCAAGGCCUCAAAGGCACUUUUUACGGCAGCCAGGUUGCGUGUGUUCGACCUGCUACACAGAAUGCCUGGUCUGGAUGCAGCACAGGUGGCCCAGGAGGUCAAAGCCUCUGUGAAGGGGACCGAGUGUCUGCUGGAAGCCUGUGUGUCUCUGGGACUGUUGACGAGCAAAGAGAGAACGUACGAAAACACAGAUUUGGCCACUAGUCUUUUGCGGUCAGACGCUUGUUUUUCCCUCCAUGGAUACAUCCAGCACUGUGACGACACACUGUGGCCCCUUUUCUCCCACCUCGAGAGUGCUGUGGAGGAGGGACACAGCCAGCGUGAGAAGGUCGUCAGCAACAAGCCCAAAGAUAUGCUUAAGGAUGCUUUCCACAACAGUCAAGAGGCCAAACUGAGAUUCAUGAAUGCCAUGCACUGCGUUGCUAAAGUUGCAGGGAAAAGUGUAGCAACAGCUUUUGACCUCUCCAGAUAUAAAACAGCCUGUGACCUCGGAGGAUGUACCGGCGCCAUGGCCUGUGAGUUUACCAAAGCCCAUCCUGGAAUGUCUGUGAUGGUGUUCGACUUGCCUGCUGUUGUUGAGCUGAGUGAACAUUUCCAUCCGCUGCACUCAAACAACAGGGUUUCCUUCGUAGCAGGUGAUUUUUUCCAGGAUGAGCUGCCCAAAGCGGACUUGUACAUCCUGGCCAGAAUUCUUCAUGACUUGACUGAUGAGAAACUGCAUAUUCUGUUGAGUAAAAUCGCAGAUGUGUGCAAACCAGGCUGUGGACUCCUGCUAAGCGAGAUCUUUCUGGAUGAAGACAGAAGCGGCCCGAGUCGUGGGCUGCUGCAGGCCCUCAGCAUGAGCGAGGGGAAACAGAGGAGCGCGACAGAAUACAGUGUGCUUCUCAAGAGCCACGGUUUCAUCACAGCACAGAUCAGACAUACAGACAACCUCCUGGAUGCCAUGUUCUGCAUCAAAGCGUGACUGACGGCACCUUUGCAGCACUACAUGGAAGACCUUGUGAUAUACAGUCUGCUGUAUAUUAUAGAUAACAACUGCCAAAAUCAAGGACUGAGGUCAGGAAUGUUAUUAUGUGUAAUUCUGUUAAAAAUAAGAUACCUGUGAAGUAAUGAACUAUGUGUUGAUAUCGGAAUUUACUUUUUUAAAUUAAAAAGGAAAUUUUAUGUCAAAUGAACUCGUGUUCAGGGGCAGACACUCUAGUCUUCUUUGCAGUCUCUGAAUUAGACACCAGAGUGUAAGUAUGCAGACUUGCAGAGGAAGCAUGGGGGUCUUAUCUACAGAAUCACUUAGGUGUGUUUCAAGUUCAUCAAGAACUUCUGUAAACCUUUCACAUCCAUUAAAAUGCAGCAUCUGAAUAAUCAUAA